AUUGCCUGAUUUGGUAAAAAAAGCUGCACAGACAAUCAGCUGAAGACUGGUUGGAGUACUUCGUAUAUUUUACGCUUGUCACAGCGUUGUUCGUCAGUGUGGUCUGUGAAUAACGAAGAAAACCCUAAUUUGUUACAUUGAGGACGUGCCAAAAUGAAUCCAUCUUGUGCCCGCUGUAAAAAGACCGUCUAUCCAAUGGAAAAGCUGAAUUGCUUGGAUAAGUAUUGGCACAAAGGAUGUUUUUCUUGCGAAGUUUGUAAAAUGACGUUAACGAUGAAGAAUUAUAAGGGGUACAGCAAGCUACCCUACUGUUCAGCGCACUACCCCACUACAAAAUUUACAGCAGUGGCUGAUACACCAGAAAACCUACGGCUGGCUUCAAAUACAAAGAAACAGAGUAAUAUUCAAUAUCACAAGGACUUUGAAGCUCAAAAAGGGCAUUACACACCAGUUGCUGAUGAUGCAGAGACAAAGAGGGUUCAGGAGAGCAACAGGAUUGCAAGCCAGAUAGCGUACACUCAACACUCUUCAGGACAGAGUCGUCUUGGCAUUCAACAACGUAGCCAGGAAGAAGUGAGACAAAUCCAGACUCAGCGGCGCAUGUCUCAAGAGCAUCCAAUGGCAGCAGAUCAUUCAUAUCAACCUCCACCACAAGCUUAUGUGCCAGAACCUUCACCACCAGCACCAAAUCCUGCUCCAGUAUCAAGUGGAAAGAAAUAUGUGGCUCUGUAUGACUACACGGCAGCAGAUGAUGAUGAGGUCAGUUUUAUGGAAGGUGACUUGGUCAGCGAUGUUACAGUGAUUGACGAUGGGUGGAUGGAGGGACGAGUGGAAAGAACAGGAGAGUAUGGAAUGCUGCCUUCAAAUUACGUUGAGUCAAUCUGAUGAAGAGAUGCAGCUUUAUUUUGCAUUUGAGCCAGAUUGUUAGUUGCAUUUGUUAGGAAAAUAAUUUAAAUAGUGUGUUGGACUUUUGUUAAGGGUGACAUCAGUAGAAUUUUCUUGACUAACAUGAUAAUAUUGAUGACUCAUUUGGUGCUCGAGCCUUUUACCCAAGAUAUUUCAAAGUUGUCACAAAUAGGAAAUUAGCCAUGUGAAAAAUUAAAUUCACCAUAAAAGUUUAAUAUUACUAACUCAGUUAAGAAACAUUCUACAGCACUGAACUAAGAAAAUAUUAGACAAGCGUGAAAUUGAUUACACCAGAAGAAAUAUGAAUGUGACUUUGCAGUGGUUCAAAGAUCAUGAAUUAUUACUCAAACUGAUUCUCCUCCAUUCUUAAUGGAAGGUAACAUUAUAAAUGUGGUGAUGGCUUGGGCAGUGAGUGUGAGCUUUUGUAUGUUCAUGUUUGUUGAUCUGUUUGAAGAAUUGACUGAAAGCAGAUGGGUGGAACCCUAUUUCUUAGAUCUGUGUUCUGUGUAAGCCAUAAGAUGCUGUAAUUUUAUGGGUGUCUACAGAAAGAGUAACUACUGAGAGAAAUUCAUGUACUUCAUUUGAGAUAUUCCUAGGUAUCAAACAGUAAGAGAAAUACAUCUAGGUACAUGUAGGGUAGAAUUCAUGCCAUAUGGAACAUGAGCCCCAAACUGGUGUUAUCACAUGUACCAUAAGAGCUUUGGCUUGCUAAAAGUUGAAGCAAUUUUUUAGGGGAAAAAUUUCCUUAAUAUUUAUCAUUAAAAGGUCGUAACUUUUGCUUCAUGUGAAAGGUGAAACAUUUUGUUUUCUAUUAAUUUUGAAACCUGCUAACAACUGAACAACAAAUCCAAAUCCACUUAGGCAUCAGUUAAUUUGAAGUGGGAAAGUCAGCCAUCACAAAAUGAAUUGGCUGCUAGAGAUUUCAAGUAAGACAUUUCAGUGUCUGCCACUCAGGCCUGUUUUUCCUUCACUGUGCUGGCAUAAGUGUCCAUAUCAAUCAAAAAUUUUCAAUCAGUAUGCAUGUGCUUGCACUUAUACUUGCUUUGAGGCAGUUUUUGCUGGGGAAUGAGCACUUUUAUGCAUUUGCUUUUAUCAGUAGUGCAAACAGGUCUUCCAACUGAAGGUUCAAGACAAAUCACAUGCAACAAAGAAAGUAAAAGGUCUUGACUCAGUUAAAGCUGAUGCCCAGAUACGAACAUCAAUCAGGGAUUUUGUGUCCACUGUUUGCUUUUUUUAAAAAUAAAGUUAACUCUAUGUUUA